GCUAGCGCUCGGCAAUGCACAAAAUCUAAACGCAAUACCGAGCGAGAAGGAUUUCAAAAUUUAUAUGAUAGAAACAAAGCAUGGAGAUCCACAUCCAGACACGGGUAUUCCACCUUCUUUUGCGACAAUAAAAUCUGAAAUGAUUCUAGGUAAAAACCGCCAGUUUUUCAUUGAAAUGGGACGACCGACAAAAGUACAUUUCUCUUUAUCCCGGCUCAAUCAACUUUAUAACAUACGGAAUAAGGUAUUAUCGUGUUUUAUUGAUGACGACGUGCAAGUACCUACACAGAAGAAUGAAACUACGGAUAUGAAUUCGCAAAAUAUAGCAGUGCCGACGAAAUCGAGGAAAUUCAGUGUACCUGAUUUACAUUUAAAUACAAGACAGGUUGUAUUAUCCUUGAAGACUGACACCGGAGCAGAAAUUAUUACCAGUUUAGCAUCGUUAAACGGAAACCUAUCAACACUUCUAAGACUAGACAGAAUAUAUUCAAAUCUAUCCAUAGAUUCUUUCAUUGUAUCUGCUAUCUUAAAUGGGAAUAUCAAAGUGCUAUUAAAAUCCAUGGUGUUGCAACUUCGUAUGUGGAUUUUUGUAUGUGGACUUUUGCUUACUCGGAUCAGAACGGCUCUUAGGAGAAAUUUUAUAAAUUUAUAAACGCAAUGCUCAAUCCAGCGUAUGGGAAUCAUCGAGAUAAUAUAAUACAUAUGUCCAUUAUUCUAUCCAGAUACAUUUUAUAUAAGCCAUAAAU